AUGUCAGGAUCAGGCGUUUCUAAUUCUCUUCUUCCGCAUGUGUUGUCUCGCAUAUUAGCAGGACACAGAGGUGCCAACUCUGUGGAGCAAAAAAAACCAUCAAUGGAUACCACAUUGUCAUGCAGUGUUGACUCCACGAUGGGAAGUAACGAGAAACAAUUCAAUUUGGAUAAAUGCAACACUCUUAUAAACUCAAUGAAUAUUACAAUAGCUGCCUCUUCAACAGAUAUUGUAGCAAACCGGCAACACUCAGCGGGUGAAGAAGAGGAUGAAGAGGAUCAGCAACAAAAACAACAACUAACAUUAAGUGAUCAUCAGGACUGCUAUGCGCUUCUUGUACGAAUUUGUGAUCUUUCCAUCAAAGUGGUUGAGAGCCGCACCCCUGCGGAUUCAAUGGAGUGGCGUCGUAAAAGACUGAGCACUAGACUUCUUGCUCAUCUUAUCAAUGCAGUGAACGAUGAGUUUGCAAGGAGUGAUUUUUUUCGAUCCGCCUUGCAUGAAAAGGUAACCCUCAGUUUGCUUCACAACUGUGCAUUAGAGGAUCCAGUGCUGCAUGGUGUGGCACUCAAAACACUUUAUCAGCUGGUGAUGCGUUACCGCAACCUCCUCAAAUCAAAAGUGGUGAUAUUCAUCCUUGGAUUGCUUCUUCCCAUCGUAAAUUCUAAAAACACAUCCUACGAGCAAAAAGCCACAAUCUUAACGUUUUUUGAACACACCCUGCGUGACCCCCAGCUGCUGAUGGAUUGGUUCACGAACUUUGACUGUGUUCAAGGCAUGCCGAACCUUUGUGAGCAACUUGUGUCAGGGUUAUCAAAAAUGUCAAAGAUGUCACACAUGUCAUCUUGGGUGAACGCCAAACAGGAUGCUUUACUUCGUCUUCAGUGCAUAAAGGCACUUGGAACCUUUGUUCGGUCUCUGGAGGGCAUUGCGAAGGAGUUUCCCAUGGGUGGCGGCAUCACCCCUCGCAGUCAAGAGAGGGAAUUGGAGUCAAGGGAAAAUCAAGAGAUGAAGUCGGUGGCAGCGGAGAACGAGAAGGGGGAGACGGGGGCGCAUAGUAAAAACAAUGUUAACUCUGGUUCUUUGUCAGAAUGUGGUGUGGAACAACUUCUUCGUGGGAAAAAGGCGUUUGAUGCGGUUGUAGAUAAGUUUAACUUGGGUGAUCAUGCCGCUGCCAUCGCGAUGGCCCUCAAUGUUCACCUUUUGAGUAGUGCAGCACCAGAAGCGGUGGCCCGUUUUCUCCUGCAGAAAGAACUUGACCCUGUGGGAGUUGGGGAAUAUCUUGGGAAAGACAAUGAGGAACGGAAAGCUAUUCUCCGCGCCUUUAUAGGGCUGAACGAUUUUUCGGGUUUGCCUAUUGACGACGCGAUGCGUUUAUUUUUGGGUAAAUUUAAACUCCCCGGUGAGGCGCAGGUUGUGGAUCGCGCCAUGGAGUUGUUUGCAAGGGAAUACUGCGCGCAGAACCCUUCCAGCUUCUCUGGUCCUGGUCCGGCCUUUAUUCUGGCGUUUUCCAUCAUGCUUCUAAACACAGAUGCCCAUUCCUCUCAUGUCACGGAUAAAAUGACUUUAGAGCAGUUUGUUCGGAAUAACAGUGGCAUUGAUGAUGGGAAGGAUCUUCCACGCUCGCUCCUUGAGGGGGUUUAUCAGCGUAUUACAGCAAGGGAGAUUGUACUUGAGGCUCGUGGGGCGGUGCCAUCGAAUGGGUUAAGAAAGUGCUCCUAUGGAACAAAGGAUAUGCGUCCUUUAUCAUCGCCGUCAUCAUUAUCAUCGUUAGGGGCUCGCAGGAGGAAUCAUCGCUCCUCUCGUCAUAUGGAGCAAGCGUAUCUUCUGGAGACAUCCGUGGAGCAGAUAACGCGGGAUGUAUCUUCAGAGCCGUAUACAUCCAUAAAUUCCUCAGAACUUGUGGGUGCACUGAUGGAAAGUACAUGGACCGCCCUGUUAGCAGCCUUCUCCAUCCCUAUGGAAGAAAUGGAAAACAUUGAACUUAUCGACACCUCUCUUGAGGGUAUUGAAUCGGCUAUUAAGGUGUGUUGUAAAUUUUCAUGUCGAACACAACGAAAAGCGUUUAUUUCUGCUCUUUUGACUUUUACGCACCUGACGAACCUUCGGGAAAUUGAGUACAAGAGUCUCAAAUCCAUUAUUGCUCUUACUCGCGUUGCCCUUGAGGAGGGUGAUCACCUCGAGACUUCCUGGUAUGAAGUUCUUCGUUGCAUCUCCCUUCUUUCCAAGUUGCAAAUAUUGGCUGAGUCUCCAUGGACGUCAUUGCUCAAUGAUCGGAAUGGUAACCAUGCGGCCCCAAAAGCCCCCAACACGUCCCUGGAAGGCCAGGGCCGGUCCUCAUUGCAACCACAAUGGGAGCGAGCCAAGCUGGAACGGCAAAAUGCCGAAAUAAUAGCGAAAUAUAUAGAUGAGGUUGAGGUGCACCGUCUUUUCUCUCGCAGCAAUUAUCUGAAGGAUGCAGCGGUAGUUAGUCUUGUUGAAGCCCUUUGUUUAGUGAGUGCUGAGGAGCUGGCGGAAAAUCCACCGCGGAUAUUUUCUCUGCAGAAACUAGUGGAAGUAACGGAUACAAAUAUAGGGCGUCUGCGGUAUGUUUGGUCCAAAAUGUGGACCAACGUCUCUCGUCAUUUUGUCAAAGUUGCUCUGAGCUCCAAUGAACUGGAGCCCAUGUAUGUGGUGGAUCACCUGCGGCAGUUGGCAACGAAAUUCCUUGCUCGGGGCGAACUUGGGGACUUUAACUUUCAGAAGGGGGUGCUGCAACCAUUUGAAGCGAUUGCCUCACGGACGCAGUCGACGAAGUUAAAGGAACUUCUUGUGGCCUCUUUGGGUCAAAUGGUGGAGGCGCAGGCGCAGAAUCUGAGGAGUGGUUGGGGUACUCUGAUAGAGGCACUCGCACACUGUGUGCAACACGACACAAAUCCCGAUGUGGUUUCUUCUUCUGCCAUUGUGCUGCAAAACAUCACUUUGUGUCAUCUGCAUCUCCUUACCACGUCUGAUUUGGUGAAAAUUGUACGGGCAUGGGCUGUUGUUGCCCGUUCUGCUUUUAGUGAUGAUUUUGCCCAUUCAGCCGUGUGGUUCGUGCGUUAUGUGACUAUUGCCUUAGCACUUCAGGCGGAUUCCAAUAGUUCCUGCGAGGGCGUGCAACACUCACAUGCGUCACAAUGUGGGACAUCAUCCAACGGCGAAAAAGAAAUACAUGUCGACGAAUCACAUAGCCAUGCUAUUAAGGAAAAUAACAAAAGUCAUUCUCUCCUUUUGAAAGAAGAAAUUAAAGCUUUGGCUUUGCGUGCUGCAUUUCCUGUCGAUGGCGAUGAUAACAACAAAGUUGAGAGGGGGCGAGCUAGAACAAAAGAAAAUAUGCAACUUUUUCCUGUGGCCGUAGGAGCCCUCGCUUCUCUUUUGGUUCACCGCUCAAUAAGUGGUGAGGCCAUGGAGGCUAUGCUAUUUGUCAUGACGGAUCACCGCGCAGUCUUCACACCGGAGGAGUGGUGGCACACAGUGGGUAGUGGAGUUGCCCCCGCGUUGGAUUUCCUGUUGCAGCAAUGCAGGUUUUCAAAUGAAACGGAACGUGACGUCUGGCUAUCACUCUUUAAACGCGCCGUAACGAAUGUCGUGCAGUUUGUUGGGUACAACUUGGAUGGAAAUCCUCUACCAGUGGAUCAUGUGCUCUUUUUGUUUCGGGUCUUUGUCGGAAGGGCGUGUUGUGGUUCCCACGACGAGGCGACAGAGCUUGGACUUCAGGGUGCUCGCCAGAUGUUGGACCUUUUUAAAGAGCACGCCGUCGUGGAUGAAUUACUCUGGAAUGGCAUGGUAGAAUACAUCCAGGAGAUUGGGGACAUUCUUUUGGGUGCCUUGGACUCCAUUUGGCGCCACCCAAUGGACCCCACACAACAAGACACAUUGAAGCCCACGUUGUUGGCGUUACUGCAGUACGUCAAGUGGAAUCGUGACGCGGCGUUGACGCCACAGUUAACAACACUGUGCCGAACGAAGGCGGUAAAGGUUCUACUGAAAACCCUUCAGCGAUUCAUGUGUCUUAUGCGAACCUCCGUCUCCUUUAGAGACAGCGUCACGGAGAAAAGAGAUGUUUUUGACUUAGCUCUGUUCAUUGCCUUGGAGUGUUCUUUGUGUAACGCAAUUCUUGAUGCGGAGAGGCGGUACGGUGAAAUUUUGGAGAAUGAGAGCAACACCCUUUGGAUGCUUAUAAUAGGGCAAUUUUUAGCGGUUACAGGGAAGACUUCAAAUGUUAGUCGUGAAGAGGCGAGCAGUUUAAGGGGGAUUAUUCGGGAGUUGUUAGAUGCAAUGCUUGAGGCUCCACAGCGCGUAAUGAUGGCGCGUUGCAGGAUCUGCAUGCCGUUUCUUUGCCAACUUAUUGCGCUAAGCGACGAUGUCUUUGCUGAAUCACUUGCCAAUUUGUUUUUAAGAUACCAUACAGCCACUGUUCAAAACAUUUGA